AUCCAAAGACAAUAAGAAAAAAUAAAAAAAUAAAUAAGAAAUUGAAGGCAGUCCAAAAGAAUCGGCCAUCGUUUCCGGAGGCACCUUCCUUUUCCAACGCCCAUUCCUCUGUUCCCCCGAACCGCAUAAAUAAAUACUCCUUCCCCUCUCUUCCCUCCGCUUCCCCCUCAACCCUCCUCCUUCUCCCAUGCCUUUUCUUCCUCGCCUUUCCACCUAAAUGCUCUUCUUCUACGCCGGUAUCUUCUUCUUUCUUUCUUUCUUUCUUUCUUUCUUUCUUUCUUUCUUUCCGCAUUUUCUGCGCUUGGAUUCGCCUCACUCUUCCACCUCUCCUCCAUUUUUGUACAAUUCCUUGUCUUUAUUAUAAUUCUUCAUCCAUUCCAUUUCAGACAUUGUAAAACACGUUUUCCUCAAAUUCGAAUUUUAACCUCACCGUUUCCUGUUGUCUUGACCCUUUUUUUUCCUCCUUUAUUGUCAAUCAGGUAAUAUCAUCAUUGUUGUUCCCUUGCGUUGCAUUGCAUUGCAACCUUCUUACAGACUUUGAUUCUGGUUUUGAAUCUCAAUGUGAGGAACGAAUGGUAGUGGUGUUCUGAUGAGAAUUGUGUUUCUGGAAUUAGACACAGCGAGUUCUGUCCUGGGGUUCUGUUCAAUUGUGGUGAACGUCUAGAAAUGGAUGAAAACGGUGGGAUCAAGUUGACUGGAAUCCGCCAGAUUGUGAGGCUGAAAGAGACUCUCCAACACUGGCAAGGCGUCACAAUUAACCCGAUAUCCAAAGCAGCAGCCCAUGAAAAUCAAAGCCAAAAUCUAAAUCUAAAUAAUGGGAUCCUUUCACCAGCAAUCAACAAAAGGCUGACGAAUGUUUUGUGUUGUGAUUCGGAUGAGGAGAGCUGCCAGAGCCCUGAACAUCCACCCGACGUCCCAAAAGGGUACUUGGCUGUUUAUGUUGGGCCGGAGCUUCGGAGGUUCAUCAUUCCCACUAGCUAUCUUAGCCAUUCGGUGUUCAAGGUGUUGCUGGAAAAGGCAGAGGAGGAGUUUGGAUUUGAUCAUAGCGGCGGCCUCACAUUCCCAUGCGAGAUCGAGACCUUCAAAUACCUUCUCAAGUGCAUGGAAAGCCAGCACAAGGAUCAUCCUGAUGACCACACCCCAGCUGGGAGUUCCUUAACCAUGGAAGGAUAAAAAAAAAUGGUUGUGAUCCACAGCAGAGGGGGCGCUGUUUGCAAAGGCAGAUGGAUGUGUGUGUGCCUGCCACACAUGAGAUAUGUUGUGAAAUUGAAGUGUUGUGGUUUUGGUUUUGGUUUUGGUUUUGGUUUUGGUUUGGAGUCAGAAAAAUUAGGGAUGUGUUUAAGUAGUAAUUAGAAAAGUGGAGGAUUAAUGUACCGUUUGGUUUGGUUUGCUUUGCUUUGCUUUGUUUUUUGCUUUUGCUUUUGUUUUUGGGAAUACCCUCUCAGGGGAGAUGUGAACUUCCAUUUGCUUCCCUGUAUUUGAAUGUGAAGCACAUGAUUGUUUGACCACACAAUAUGGAUUUGUUUCAUUUCCAAAUAUUCUCA